CGACGAACGGUUUUCUCUCUUCCUUUCUCUCGUACUCUUCGUCUCUUUCCUUCCAAGAACAACAAAAUAGAAAGAAAUCUAAUCUGAUUUUUGAGAAAUAGAUUAGUCAAACGUAUGCAAGUUUUGUUCAACAUGAUCAACCUUUGAUUUCUCUAAAGAAAGUGUGAAUCCAAUAAGUAUUUCCACUUCCCGUUUGCUUACGGAAACAUCGGCAAGAUGUCCAGUUUCGUGGGUGUUGUUGUCUCGGAUCCAUGGCUUCAGAGCCAAUUUACUCAAGUCGAGCUUCGUUCUCUUAAAUCCAAAUUCGUUUCACAAAGGACUCAAUCCGGUAAAGUCACGGUUGGAGACUUGCCUCCAAUGGUGGUAGGUUUAAAGGGUCUCCACGCGAUGUUCACAGUGGAGGAGAUUGCAGAAAUCUUAGGCGAGUCGAAUUCAGACAAGAGCGAGGAGAUAGAUUUUGAGACAUUCCUUCGGGCGUACUUGAAUCUUCAAGCCCGUGCUACAGCUAGAAGAAAUGAAAGAGGUGAUCCAAGGAUCGGAAGGUCUACAACAUUUCUCAAGUCCUCCUCGACCACUCUUCUUCACACCAUAAGUGAGACGGAGAGAGCUUCUUACGUAGCCCAUAUAAACAAUUACCUUAAAGACGACAAGUUCUUGAAGAACUAUCUUCCUUUAGAUCCAUCCAACAAUAGCCUUUUUGAUCUUGUGAAAGACGGAGUUCUUCUCUGUAAGUUGAUCAAUGUUGCAGUGCCGGGGACAGUUGACGAGCGAGCAAUUAAUACUAAACGAAAACUCAACCCAUGGGAGAGGAAUGAGAACCAUACACUUUGUCUUAACUCUGCAAAAGCUAUUGGAUGCACCGUGGUUAACAUUGGAACACAGGACUUGAUUGAAGCAAGGCCUCAUUUAGUGCUUGGAUUGAUAUCUCAAAUUAUAAAGAUUCAAUUAUUAGCGAACCUCAACUUAAAGAAGACUCCUCAGUUGGUGGAAUUGGUGACCGAUAACAAGGAAGUGGAAGAGCUUAUGAGCUUAGCCCCAGAAAAGCUUUUGUUAAAAUGGAUGAACUUUCAUCUGAGUAAAGCAGGCUAUAAGAAACCUAUCACCAAUUUUUCUACCGAUCUGAAGGAUGGAGAGGCUUAUGCAUACCUGCUUAAUGUUCUUGCACCUGAAUUCUGUAACCCGACCACAUUGGAAACAAGGGAUCCAAUUCAAAGAGCACAGAUGGUUCUGGACCAUGCAGAGAAAAUGAACUGUAAAAGAUAUAUAACACCUAAGGACAUUGUUGAUGGUUCGACAAAUUUAAAUCUUGCAUUCGUCGCACAUAUAUUCCAUCACAGAAAUGGGCUGACAAUGGACACCAACAAGAUCUCCUUUGCAGAGAUGAUGUUAGAUGAUGAUCAAGUGUCGAGAGAAGAGAGAUGUUUCAGAUUAUGGAUCAAUAGUCUUGGAACAGAAACAUAUGUUAACAAUGUGUUUGAGGAUGUCAGAACUGGAUGGGUUCUUCUGGAAGUACUUGACAAGGUAUCUCCAGGAUCAGUACAAUGGAAGAAAGCAACAAAACCUCCCAUUAGAAUGCCAUUCAGAAAAGUAGAAAAUUGCAAUCAAGUUGUGACGAUUGGGAAGGAUUUGAAUUUCUCUCUGGUUAAUGUAGCAGGAAGUGAUAUUGUACAGGGAAAUAAGAAACUUAUAUUGGCAUUUCUAUGGCAGUUGAUGAGGUUCAAUAUGCUUCAACUCCUAAAAAACUUGAGAUUCUCCUCUGAAGGAAAGGAAUUGACUGAUGUCGAUAUUCUAAAUUGGGCAAAUUCUAAGGUUAAGAAAAGUGGUAGACAAAGUCAAAUGGAAAGCUUCAAGGAUAAAAAUCUAUCAAGUGGGAGAUUCUUCCUUGAGCUUCUUAGUGCUGUAGAACCCAGGGUCGUUAAUUGGAACCUUGUCACAAAAGGAGUAACUGAUGAGGAAAAGAAGUUGAAUGCUACAUAUAUCAUCAGUGUUGCACGAAAACUUGGGUGUUCCAUUUUCUUGUUGCCUGAGGACAUUAUAGAGGUAAACCAGAAAAUGCUUCUCACACUAACAGCCAGCAUCAUGUACUGGAGUCUCCAACAACCGGCAGACUCAGAGUCGUCAUCUGUUGCUGAAACUAUUCCAGAAUCACCAAAUGCCGCAUCACCUCUAUCAGAAAGUUCAACCCCUCUUUCAAUGGAUGUCUCAAAAAUGACAAUCGAAGAGGAUGCAUCGGAUACCAACACACCCAAAGCAGAAAUUGAAAACGAGACGCCAAAGAGUGACUCUUGAAAUCCCUAUUCUUUUGUUCAACUUUAGAAUAUUAAAUGAAAACUGGCGUGAACCUAAGUUGGUAGAUUCUCAAAUUGUGUCCUUGUGAUCAGCAACUGGUGGGCUGGUGUGGAGUUCAUGUCAAGGCGUUUUUGUUACUUAAAAACUUCUUUUUCUCUUUGAAUGGGUGCAACGCUUGCACUGUUUCUUUUGAUAAAGAUAAAAGGUCUCCCGGAAAUUUUAUUUAUUAAUUUUUGUAAUUAUAGGUGUUGUAUUUUAGAUGUAUUCACUAAAUCAAUAAAACAAGUUUGUGGAUUAUACAAAGAUCAAUUGUUGGUGUAUUCUGUGCAACUGAAUUCAACAUUGUAAUAAGAGCAUCAUAAUCCAAAUGCUUAGUGACACUC